GUUUACAGGAAGUGUUCACAUUUUGUGUUACCAGCUGAUGUAGCCAAAUUGUCAACAGUCAGGCUAAAAGCCUCAGAUACCUGCGCUGCCGAAACGUCAAUUUUAACGACAAAACAAGGAGAGAAGAGAGAUCAAGACAUCAUCAGGGAGACUUGACUUCACUCCUGGAGGCAGUGCAAAGUGAGUGAUACCCCAGAAGUACCUGUCUCCACCCCAGGGAGGAGGCCCAGUCCCCCUGCUGUCUCCUACGCGGGUCAGUAUGAGCUCCAGAGGGAGUGGUGGCCGCUCCAACGGCACACUACCACAGACCAAGAUCUGCCAGUUCAAGUUGGUGCUGCUGGGCGACAUGGCCGUGGGCAAGUCCAGCCUGGUGCUGCGUUUCGUCAAGGGACAAUUUGAUGAGUUUCAGGAGACAACCAUUGGAGCUGCAUUCCUGGCCCAGUCAGUGUGUCUAGAUGAUACCACAGUGAAGUUUGAGAUCUGGGACACUGCAGGACAAGAGCGAUACCAUAGUCUGGCUCCCAUGUACUACCGUGGGGCUCAGGCUGCUAUUGUGGUCUUUGACAUCACCAAGCCGGAGACUUUUGAAAGAGCCAAGGCCUGGGUGAAGGAGCUGCAGAGGCAGGCCAGUCCUAACAUUGUUAUUGCCCUGGCCGGGAACAAGGCUGACUUGGCAGAGAAGAGACUAGUGGAGUAUGAGGAGGCCCAGACAUAUGCGGAAGACACUGGCCUGCUGUUUAUGGAGACUUCUGCUAAGACAGCCAUGAACGUCAAUGAGCUCUUCCUGGCUAUUGCAAAAAAGAUGCCAAAAACAGACACCCAAAAUCCUACACAUGCAGCACGACACCGGGGAGUCAACCUCCAGGACCCAGAUGCCCACUCUACCCGAGCCUGCUGUGGUGGGAAUUAGACCUCAACAACUACCCCACCAGUAUUCCACCAUCAACACCACCACAGCCCUUCAACCAUCCUGUCUCCUUCAACCAACUUACAGGGGUGGGCCUGAUGUGGGGAAACCCACUAUCCACUCACCACCUCACCCUCCAUUCAUCCUCCUGUUCGAGCAGACAGAAAUUCAGCGACAGAAAUUCAAAGGAGAGCAUAAGAGGAAGGAAAGAGCAGACAGAGAUGGAGGAGAAAGACACAAUGUUUCACAUCUGUGUCUUGUGACCACGAACUGAGAUUCUGCUUUUGGAAAUCAAAAAGGAGAGGUAUAGUGAAGACUGAGUUGGAGAGAAGGAAAAUAAAGAAUGUGGAGGACAGUGGCAAGUCUUUUGUAGUAUUUAGCACUAAUUGUGAAUUUUCUUUUGUCAUUCUGCCUUGCAUCAUUUUAGUCACAGCCGUUUGAUUGCGUAACAUGUACAAAAUGAGCAGCACAUAUUGGCGAGUUGCCAAGAAAAGGAAGGGAAAAAAAAAAAAAAAAAAGGGCC